AACAGCAGCACAGUGAGCUGCCUGAGAACCUCUCCUCUGGCCCCUCUGAAUCCAGGCAGGAUCUGGUGCAGUAAGAGACUCUCCCAGCCCAGCAAGGAGCCCGGGAUGUUCCUGAAGGCUGUGGUCCUGAGCCUGGCCCUGGUGGCUGUCACCGGAGCCCAGGCGGAGGUCAAUGCCGACCAGGUGGCCACUGUGAUUUGGGACUACUUCAGCCAGCUGGGCAACAAUGCCAAGAAGGCGGUAGAACAUAUCCAGAAGUCUGAGCUCACCCAGCAGCUCAACACCCUCUUCCAAGAUAAACUUGGGGAAGUGAGCACCUACACGGACGACCUGCAGAAGAAGCUGGUGCCCUUUGCCACGGAACUGCAUGAACGGCUGACCAAGGACUCCGAGAAGCUGAGGGAGGAGAUUCGGCAGGAGCUGGAGGAGCUGCGGGCCCGGCUGCUGCCCCACGCCAACGAGGUGAGCCAGAAGAUCGGGGACAACGUGCGCGAGCUGCAGCAGCGCUUGGGGCCAUACGCGGAGGAGCUGCGCACCCAGGUCGACACCCAGGCGCAGCAGCUACGGCGCCAGCUGACGGUCUACGCGCAGCGCAUGGAGACGGUGAUGCGGCAGAACAUGGACCAGCUGCAGGCCUCGGUGGCGCCCUACGCCGAGGAGCUCCAGGCCACGGUCGACCAGCGAGUGGAGGAGCUCAAGGGGCGCCUGACGCCCUACGCGGACCAGCUCCAGGCCAAGAUCGAUGAGAACGUGGAGGAACUGCGCCGCAGCCUGGCCCCUUAUGCUCAGGACGUCCAGGGGAAGCUCAACCACCAGCUGGAGGGCCUGGCCUUUCAGAUGAAGAAGCAUGCCGAGGAGCUGAAGGCCAAGAUCUCGGCCAAAGCCGAGGAGCUGCGGCAGAGGCUGGUGCCCGUGGUCAGCAGCGUGCGUGGCAGUCAGCCGGGCAAUGCCGAGGGCCUGCAGAAGUCGCUGGCCGAGCUCAGCAGCCACCUGGAGCAGCAGGUGGAGGACUUCCGCCGCACGGUGGGGCCCUACGGCGAGACCUUCAACAGAGCCAUGGUGCAGCAGCUGGACGCGCUCAGGCAGAAGCUGGGCCCCCUGGCGGGGGACGUGGAAGAUCACCUGAGUUUCCUGGAGAAGGAUCUGAGGGACAAGGUCAGCAGCUUCUUCAACACCCUCAAGGAGAAAGAGAGCCAGGCCCCCGCCCUCCCCGCGCAGGAGGAUACGCCCGCCCCUCUGGGGGGCUGAGUUGCCCCUGGUGCCCCCGCCCCACCACCGACACCUGCCCUGCCCUGCCCCCUGUCUGUCUGUCUGUCCCAAAGCAGUUCUUGUACAGACCUGUGGAUACAUGUCCAGUGGAAAGGGACGCUACGUCUCGCUUCUCAAUAAAGCUGCUGAGAAACUA